GACCCCAAAAUUUUACCUCACUUACAAGAAAGGCAUUAGCUCACCUUCCAUAUAUUUCACAUCUCUCUCUCUAAGCUUCCAACAUCACAAUCCAAAAUCCCACUUCAAUAUACUUGCCUAGCUAUCUACACACAUGCAGAUCACUUUGUCUGAAAACCCUAAAAUUAGGACCAUCUCAAAUCCUUCAUAGAUACUUGGACAGGUCUAUCUUCAAUUCAGUACAGUAGCCAUGAAGCUAAAAUCUCUAGAAAACCUUCCUUGAGCUCAAACCCUUUUCUUUUUUCGGCGUUUUCUUUCCUUAUAUACCAUUUUUGCGUGAAAUAAAAAGAAAAUGAGAGCAGGAGGUUGCACGGUGCAGCAAGCUCUAACUGCGGAGGCAGCAACCGUGGUAAAACAAGCGGUGACUUUGGCUAGACGGCGAGGCCAUGCCCAAGUGACCCCUCUCCAUGUAGCCAACACCAUGCUUUCUUCUUCAACUGGCCUAUUGAGAACAGCUUGUCUUCAAUCCCACUCUCAUCCUCUCCAGUGCAAAGCCUUGGAGCUUUGCUUCAACGUAGCCCUUAAUCGUCUCCCUGCUUCUACAUCAAGUCCCAUGUUCGGUUCUCACUCCCAACAGCACCCUUCAAUCUCCAAUGCUUUGGUUGCGGCCUUUAAGCGAGCUCAGGCUCACCAACGGCGUGGCUCUAUUGAGAACCAGCAGCAACCUCUCCUAGCUGUGAAGAUAGAGUUAGAGCAGCUUAUAAUUUCCAUUUUAGAUGAUCCAAGUGUUAGCAGAGUGAUGAGAGAAGCUGGUUUCUCUAGUACCCAAGUGAAAAGCAACGUUGAGCAAGCUGUUUCUCUAGAAAUAUAUGCACAAAGUGCUCCUUCUGUAAGUAGCAAGUCCAAGGAAAGCCCCUUCAAAUCAAGCAAACCAAUAACAUCUUUAGAUACAGUUAGUAAUGAAGAUGUGAAGAGUGUUAUAGAAAAUUUAAUGAAUGAAAGAAAGAGAAGUAUUGUGAUUGUAGGAGAGAGUCUUGGUAGUAUAGAGGAUGUUGUUAAGGGAGUGAUGAACAAAGUUAUUAAAGGAGAUGUUCCUGAGGCUUUGAGAGAAGUGAAAUUUAUACCAUUUCCAAUAUCUUCAUUAGCUAAUCUCGCCAUGGUAGAGGUAGCACAGAAGCUUGAAGAUCUUAAAAGCCUGGUGAGAAGCUAUAUGAGCAAAGGAGUUGUUUUGAAUUUGGGAGAUCUCAAGUGGAUUAGCGAGUAUAUGAGUAGUAGCUCAAGCAGUGAACAAGGGAGAAGUAGCUAUUUGUGUCCAAUGGAGCACAUGAUCAUGGAGCUUGGGAAACUGGUCAAUUGUGGGAAAUUUUGGCUCAUGGGGAUUGCCAAUUUUCAAACAUACAUGAAGUGCAAAUCAGGCCAUCCAUCACUUGAGACUGUUUGGGGCCUUCAUCCUCUUACAAUUCCUGCAGGCAGCUUACGCUUAAGUCUCAUCACCGACAGUGAUGUAGAAAGUCGAUCCACUGGCUACAAAGCAGAUCAGAAUGGAAAUGGGUCUAGCUGCUUGAUUAUACUUGAAGGUGAUGAAGAGAAGCAACUCAAUUGCUGUGCUGAUUGUACAUCCAGGUUUGAGACCGAGGCUCGAAGCUUCCAGACUAGUACUUGUAAAAGUGACUCCACAACUUCUAGCCUUCCUCCAUGGCUUCAACAAUACAAGAAUAAUCAGACCAAAGCAGUUAGCAAUACUGAUGAUCAGGAUUCUGUCUCAAUCAUAGAUCUUCGCAGAAAAUGGAACUCAAUAUGCAGUUCAAUCCACCACCAACCUUAUUCUUCUAGAAAAACCAUAACAUUUUCUUCCGCUUCUGGUUUCUCAUAUGAUCAGCGGUACCCUAAUUUGCACCAAACGCAUCACAACGGGCCAACGAUUGAACCCAAGCAAUCAUGGAGGGACUGCAAUUUCUGGGUUUGUUCAGAAACUGUCAACAAUAGUAGCAGCACGAUUGAACCCAGCUUGAGAAUUUACAUUCCAGAGCAUAGAGAUCAUCCCAAAACUCCAUUUUCAUCUAAUCCAAAUUCUACUCCUAACUCCACUUCUUCCAGUGAUGUAAUGGAAAUGGAGUAUCUGCACAAGUUCACUGAGCUUAAUGCUGAGAACUUGAAAACCUUAUGCAAUGCAUUGGAGAAAAAGGUGCCAUGGCAGAAAGAUAUAGUCCCUGAAAUCGCGAGCACGAUCUUGCAAUGCAGGUCAGGCAUGGUGAGAAGAAAAGGGAACGUGAGAUACUGUGAGGCCAAAGAAGAAACUUGGUUGUUUUUUCAAGGAGUUGAUAUUGAAGCUAAAGAGAAAAUAGCCAAAGAACUGGCUAGACUCGUUUUUGGUUCGCAGAAUAACUUCAUUUCCAUUGCAUUAAGUAGCUUUUCAUCCACAAGAGCAGACUCAACGGAAGACUUCCGAAACAAGAGAUCAAGAGAAGAACAAAGUUGCAGCUAUAUCGAAAGAUUUGCUGAGGCUUUGUCAAGCAACCCACAUCGAGUUUUCUUAGUUGAAGAUGUUGAGCAAGCAGAUUAUUGCUCGCAAAUGGGUUUCAAAAGAGCAAUUGAAAGAGGAAGAAUAACAAAUUCCUGUGGUGAAGAAGUUGGUCUUAGUGAUGCCAUUAUCAUUUUGAGCUGUGAAAGCUUUAGCUCAGGAUCAAGAGCCUGCUCUCCUUCUAGCAAGCAAAAAACAGAUAAUUCCCAAGAGGAAGAAAAAGGUUCAAGCAGUGCUACAGUGGAGGAGACAAGCCCUUGUGUUUCACUGGAUUUGAAUAUCUGCAUUGAUGAUGAUGGUGCAGAGGACCAAUCAAUCCAUAACAUUGGCCUGCUUGAAUCUGUCGACAGGCGGAUUAUUUUCAAAAUCCACGAGUUAUAAUAUUACCAGCUACCUAGGAGUAAAUUUUCAGUGAAUAUUCAUGUCAUUUCUCAGGUGGUUUUGAUCUUCUUCUUCCUCUCUCUUUUUUUUUUUUCUUUUUCCCUUUUUCUGUUAACUGUUUUUUAACUGGUCUUUAGAUUCUGAUGAUAUAUAGGAUUCCUAGGCUAGAAAUGAAGAAAGAAGAUGCUUCUUUAUGUAAAAUCACAUUGUACAUCAUCGUCUGCUCUCUUCAUUUUUCUUAAUACUUUAUAAACCUUAAAAUCAAUUUCUUUUUUUUUUU